AGUUGUAGUGACUUGAUCUGAUAUUGCCAGCUACUCGAAAUUUAUCUGCCUGCAAUUUUAAAGGUGGUAAGGCUUUUGGGUGACUAUAGUGACCAACGAGCAUAAUUUCAGAGCAGCAGCUGAAAAGCUAUUUGUCCUACUAAACCUUCCCACAGAAAACUACAGAUACAAGACGCCAUUAGCCAAAUUAAGAUACUAAAAGCCACCUCCCUUUAACUUUUUCUCUGUUUCUACUCUCUCCUUCCAACCCUUGGCUCUUCUUCUUAACCUCCCAAUUCCAGCAUGAUCCCUCACUGAAUGAGGGGAAGAUGUCUAACACUGCUGCCUCUGCUACCAUGACUACCCCUCCAUUCUAUGAGGUUGAUGAAUGCCGAGGAGUCCUUCGUGUUUACAGCGAUGGCUCCAUUUGGCGCUCCCCUAAACCAAGCUUCAAUGUUCCUGUUGAUGAUGAUGGCUCCGUUGUGUGGAAAGAUAUUCUAUUUGAUCCUGUGCACAACCUUCAACUCAGGCUCUAUAAGCCAGCUUCAUCCUCGUCUGCCAAGCUCCCUAUCUUCUAUUACAUCCAUGGCGGUGGCUUUUGCAUUGGAUCACGUGCCUGGCCUAACUGUCAAAACUAUUGCUUCAGGCUCUCCUCAGAGCUCCAAGCAGCAGUGAUUUCGCCAGAUUAUCGUUUGGCUCCAGAGAACAGACUCCCGGCAGCCAUUGAGGAUGGAUUCAUGACUGUGAAAUGGCUCCAAGCUCAAGCUCUGGCUGAGAAUCCUGAUCCAUGGUUAACCGAUGUAGGUGAUUUUAGCAGGGUGUUCAUAUGCGGUGACUCAGCUGGUGGUAAUAUUGCUCAUAAUUUGGCGGUUCAGCUAGGGGCUGGUUCAUCUGAUUUGGCUCCGGUUCGGGUCAGGGGUUAUGUCCUUUUAGCACCUUUCUUCGGAGGGACAGUGAGAACCAGGUCAGAAGCAGAGGGUCCUAAAGAUGCCUUCCUUAAUUGGGAGCUCAUUGACAGGUUCUGGAGGCUAUCUAUACCGAUUGGAGAUACGACGGAUCACCCACUGAUAAACCCUUUCGGUCCGGUCAGCCGCAGCCUUGAGCAUUUGAAUCUUGAUCCUAUUCUGGUAGUGGUUGGUGGAAGCGAUCUGUUGAAAGACCGAGCAGAGGAAUAUGCCAAGAGACUGAAGGACUGGGGGAAGAAGAUCGACUAUGUUGAAUUUGAAGGACAGCAACAUGGCUUCUUCACUAUUAAUCCUAACUCCGAACCAGCAAAAGCGUUGAUGCUAAUUAUCAAACGCUUCAUCACUGAAAAUUCCAGCUAAGACAGAGUAGUUGGGAGCUCGAGAUUUCGUUUCUUAUGUUGCUUUGUUUCAUCAUUUAGUAUUAAGCUCGUCCCUGUUUGAGCUUGUCAUUGUUGUAUGAAAUAAAGUAAGCCGAGUGGGUGGAAUUUUAGUUUGAUAACAAUCUUUGGAU